UUGCAACGAGAAAACAAAUUUGUUUACAUUCUAGCACAUUCUGUCUGCACACUGGUGACCGUAAUAUCCACUGGCAUCCUCUUGUAUCGUUGAAAAGGCUCACUGAUAAAGAAUCAGACAUGGGUAGUAAGGGUUCUUUAGCGUUCGAUGAGUAUGGACGUCCAUUCAUCAUCAUCCGCGACCAGGAAUCCAAGUCCCGAUUGACCGGCAUCGAAGCUCACAAAUCUCACAUCAUGGCAGCUAAGGCAGUGGCCAAUCUACUUAAGACAUCACUUGGGCCAAAAGGUUUAGACAAGCUAAUGGUGUCCCCAGAUGGAGACAUCACAAUCACAAAUGACGGCGCCACCAUUCUGAAGCAGAUGGAUGUUGAACAUCAGAUUGCGAAACUGAUGGUUCAGCUGUCACAAUCACAGGAUGACGAGAUUGGGGAUGGAACCACAGGAGUUGUAGUGUUGGCUGGAGCUCUUAUGGAGCAUGCAGAACAGUUACUAGACCGUGGCAUUCACCCAAUCAGGAUAACUGACGGAUACGAAAUGGCUGCCAAAAUUGCAGUGGAACAUUUAGAUUCCAUCGCUGAAAACUACAAAAUAGAUCCAAACAACUUGGAACCACUGAUGAAGUUGGCAAAGACCACUCUUGGUUCAAAGAUCAUCAACCGUUGUCACACACACAUGGCUAAGAUAGCUGUAGACGCGAUCAUGGCGGUAGCUGACUUUAACCGGCGGGAUGUGGAUUUUGAGCUUAUCAAGGUGGAAGGCAAAGUGGGCGGAAAGUUGGAGGAUACCAUGCUGGUAAAAGGCGUAAUUGUGGACAAGGACUUCAGUCACCCACAAAUGCCCAAGGAAGUGAAAGAUGCCAAGAUGGCAAUUCUGACAUGUCCAUUCGAGCCUCCAAAACCCAAGACAAAACAUGACAUGGUUGUCAAGUCUGUGGAAGACUACAGAAAACUAAGAGAAUACGAGCUCAGCAAGUUCCAGCUAAUGGUCAAACAGGUGAAGGACUGUGGCGCAAACCUGGUGAUUUGUCAGUGGGGAUUCGAUGAUGAGGCAAACCACCUCCUGCUCCAGAAUAAGUUGCCCGCUGUACGCUGGGUGGGCGGACCAGAGAUUGAGUUGAUAGCCAUUGCUACAGGUGGCCGUAUUGUCCCGAGGUUCGAGGAAUUGUCUGCUGCAAAGCUUGGCAAGGCGGGAAUUGUACGGGAGCUGUCUUUCGGAACGACAAAAGAACGCAUGCUCGUGAUUGAGGACUGCCACAACUCUCGGGCUGUCACUAUCUUCAUCAGGGGUGGAAAUAAAAUGAUUGUUGAGGAGGCCAAGCGCAGUAUCCACGACGCCCUGUGUGUAAUCCGUAACAUCGUCAAGGACGAGAGGAUCGUAUAUGGUGGAGGUGCACCAGAAAUCUCAUGCUCUCUAGCUGUUGCCAAAGCAGCCAACAAGAUCUCCACCCUGGAGCAGUAUGCCAUGAGAGCCUUCUCCUCAGCACUUGAAAGUGUGCCCCUUGCCCUGGCAGAGAACAGUGGGCUUUCCCCCAUACAUACCCUGGCCGAGGUGAAAUCCAGGCAAACCAAGGAAAAUAACCCACGCCUUGGUAUUGACUGUCUCAACAAAGGAACAAAUGACAUGAAGGAGCAGAAUGUUCUGGAGACAUUGUCUGCCAAGCGUGCCCAGAUCAUGUUGGCCGUCCAGUUGUGUAAGAUGAUCCUGAAGAUUGAUGACAUCCGAGCUAACUCUGACCAGGCAAUGUGAAGAGGGAAAGAUCCUAGGUUUAACAAAUUACAUUAGUGUGUCCAUUUCUCCAUCUGGGUACCAGAAACUACAUGCAGAGAACAGCAGUGUUUGCUUCUGUGAUAUAUGAACUGUGCUGAAAUUAUUUUAUACCUGUAGACUGGUACAUCUGUAAGCAAAGUAUUAAAGGCACAUACACAUUGUGACCUGUAUGUACUUGCUACUUUAAAAUGAGUAUUACAAUGGACUAUUAAAGAAAAUUGUGCACAAAUGUAGGUUUAAUCUUCAGCUCGUUUCACUUGGUCUUAACAAAUGAAAUGAACAAAUCGAUAUUUGUAUGAAUAUUGUGGCAUUAUCAUGAUCACAUUAAUGAGUAUCAUUAAUAAUAUAAUGCAAAAAUGUGUUCAUGAUUAGGAGUUUCACAUACAUGCAUUUUAUAUUCAUCUUCCAACUUUGCUGCAAUGUUGUUUAUUUAUUUUCUGUAUUUUGAUUGUGUGCUUUUCUUCUUAUUUGAUAAAAAAGAUCAUUAACGGUAAUGUGCUAUAAAAAAAAGUUUUAUACCUAAUAAAAAAAGAAAAAAAAUA